AUGGUCUUCCCAGUCACCUACAACUUGGUCAUCAUCAUCUGCAGGUCCUGUUUCACAGAGCUGCAGUAUGACUACCUAAGCAUCUGGCUGAGCCUGGACUACCUGUGUGAUAUUCUCUACAUUCUGGACAUCGUCGCCAACUUUCAUACAGGGUUUUUGAAAGAAGGGAUCCUGGUGACGGACAAGAAACAGAUCGCUCGGCGGUACCUGAGCUCCUCCAAGUUCCGUUGGGAUCUCCUUUCUGUGCUUCCAACUGACUUCCUUUAUUUCAAGUUUGGCAUCCAUACACCGGCCGUGCGAAUUAAUCGCUUCCUCCAUGUCCAGCCUCUCUUCGAGGCCUUCGAUCGCACAGAGACUCGAAUCCCGUAUCCAAAUGUUUUCCGGAUCUGCAAACUGAUGGCCUACAUUUUCGUGGUCAUCCACUGGAACAGUUGUGUUUAUUUUGCCCUGUCCAACUAUAUCGGGUUUGGCAAGGAUGAGUGGGUGUACCCUAAUAUCUCCGACCCCGACUUUGCCAGCCUGGGGCGUCAAUAUGUCUAUAGUUUUUACUUCUCCACCCUCAUCCUCACCACCGUGGGGGAUGUUCCUGCACCCGUGCAGGAGGAGGAAUACCUUUUCAUGACGGCGGACUUCCUCAUUGCCGUUCUGGGGUUUGCCACCAUCUUGGGGAGCAUCAGCUCCGUGGUCGCCAACGUGAACGACGGAGAUAAAGCCUUCUACCCUGAUUAUGACCAAGUCAAGCAGUACAUGAAGAUGUACAAAGUGAACAAAAGUGUGAGGAAGAAGGUCAUCGCCUGGCAUCAGCACCUUCAGAUCAACAAGAAGAUGACCAACGAAAACCAGAUCUUGAUGAACCUGCCAGAGAAGUUGAGGGUGGAGGUGGCCGUCAGCGUCCAUAUGUCCACAUUGAGCAAAGUGCAGAUCUUCCAGAACUGCGAGAAGGGCCUGUUGGAGGAGCUGGUGCUGAAGCUGAAGCCACAGGUCUACAGCCCCGGGGAGUUCGUGUGUAAGAAGGGCGACAUUGGGCGUGAAAUGUACAUCAUCAAAGAGGGGAAGCUGGCGGUGGUGGCAGAUGAUGGUGUGACGCAGUUUGCUGUCCUUGGUGCAGGGAACUACUUUGGAGAAAUAAGCAUCCUCAACAUCAAAGGUAACACAUCUGGGAAUCGCAGAACAGCCAAUAUCAAAAGCAUCGGCUAUUCGGAUCUCUUCUGCCUCUCCAAGGAGGACCUGAAGGAAGUCCUCACCGUGUACCCCGACGCCAAAACCAUCCUGGAAGAGAAAGGACGGGAGAUCCUCCUCAAGAUGAACAAGCUGGAUGAGAAGCUGGCGGCCGAGCUGGAGGCCAAGCAGCUGGAGAUGGAGGAGAAGGUGCAGAGGCUGGAGGCCAACCUGGAGUCCAUGCAGACCAAGCUGGCCCGGCUCCUGGCUGAGCUGGAGUCCAGCGCCGCGAAGAUACUCCAACGGAUUAAACGUAUGGAGUGGGAGAUCAGCCUGUGGGAGGAGGAACCUACAGAGGACAAACCCACAGAUAAGUCUGAGGACGAAGAGUGA